GACCAAAUUAUAAAUAAAUAGUGGUUAUGAAAAACACAAUUUAUUUAUAAAAUACAAAAUAAAGCAAAUAAUAGUUUAAAAAAAUCUUUUUAGAAAAUAAAGUAAUAAUGUAAUAAUUUAUACAUCAAAAGUUGGUUUUGUUACCGAUCAGAGACCGUUUCUUCCUUCCGACAAUUGCAGAGCAACUCACAGCCAUGGCCGUCGACAUCCAAGCAUUAAAGGAAAGGUAUAUUAAUACUUGCAGGAUGCAUGGCGUCCUACCAAAUAAUGCAAUUUUGUCUGCUUUUCUCAAGGCUGAGGUUAAAAGGUUUUGCCAUGAGCCAUGUAGCUUGGAGAUUUUUCUGCACCACCUUAAGGAUAUUGAUUUCCAUUCACUACUUGGUAUCUGCUUGGAACUUGAUGGUUCUGAGAUUGAAGCAGUUGAUGUAUGUAAUGGAUCAUCAUGUAUGUUGAAUGGAGAAUAUGCUUUGGUAUUGAUGCGUGCUAUCAAUAAAAAGCUUCGAGUUGUUGAUCUCAAGAAGUUAUCUUUCGGGAAGGAUUUCUUGCGGGAUCUUUCUCAGAGAGGUUUGCCAUGCCAAGCUCUAACCCUGUCGUUUUCACAUGUUCGGAAACUCAACAUGAAGGGAGAGUUCAUGCGUAUACACACCCUUAACCUUGACUUUAGUAGCUCACUCACUGGUUUUCAUGAGGACUGUUUUACUUGCAUGCCAAAUUUAAAGCACCUCUCUUUGUGUGAGACGAGAAUUUCAAAUCUUUGGACAACCAGUGCUGCACUUUCUAAACUCCCAUCUUUGGUGGAACUUCAGUUCCAGAAUUGGUUAUGUUGCAAAGAUUCUGGUGUUUGUUCCACAUCAUCAAGUGUUAAGUCAGAUAACACAACUGAUUCCAGUGAGCCAAACGCUGUUCCUUACUUUGGAGGAUUAUCUGUUGACAUUCAGGAACUUAUGGAUCAUAACUCGAGCACUGCAGGAGUGAUCAGGAAUUUCUUUUCGUUGAAUGAAAUGAUUGUGGAUCGUGAAAAUCCACACAUGCUUGAGGAUUCAUCAGAUGAUAGUGAAACAGAAUAUUCAAGUUAUCGGCAAGAAUAUGGUUAUAUGGAGCCAUUAUCAGAUGUAUUCCCUGGAUGGAAUGGACAGGUCCAUCCACAGAAUGAGGUUUCUAUUGAUACCUUAUGGAAUCAGAAUGAAGAAGAAUCAUCAGUGGGUUCCUUUACAACAGAAAUAGCAGAUGUUUCAUUGAAGUAUAUUUCAAAUCAUGCUUCACCAAUAUGCUUUGAGAAACAUUAUAGAGAGUACAUGAUAGCUUCAUUACCUCAUCUAAGAGUUUUAGAUAACUUGCCUAUCAGAAAAAUUGAUAAGGAGAGGGCUGCCAUUACAUAUUCAGAACACUUUGAGCAUCUACCAUAUAGGAGGAAGCAUAAAGAGAGUGUUGUCAGUAUUUUACAGAAGCGGGAAAUAAAAUCAGCCCAGAUACCUGCUCGAAACUCAUCAUAUCCUUCUAGAAAGGCACAGCAAUUUUACACCAAGUCUCUUUGUGCUGCCAAGGUGGGCUCUUCUGCUUGGCCUUUUAUGCAUCCACUUUCUAUUUUAGGAACUGAUAUGGGAGAUGAAGGAAGAAACUUUCGACCCAGGCAGUUUGAGUAUCAUCCAUCUGACUCUAGCCUAAUGGUCUUUGGGACAUUGGAUGGUGAAGUGGUUGUGGUCAACCAUGAGAAGGAGAAAAUUGUUAGUUAUAUCCCUUCACUUGGAGCAAUGAAUAGUGUGUUGGGACUCUGUUGGCUCAAGAAGUAUCCCACCAAGCUUAUAGCUGGUUCAGAUAAUGGUUCGUUGAAAUUGUAUGAUAUCCAUAAUACGCCACAUAGAAUAAUGGGCUCAUACAGUAGUGCUGGUUCUGUCACUUUUGACGAGUUUGAUCAAUUGACAUCUGUUCACGUCAAUUCUACUGAUGAACUUUUCCUUGCAAGUGGAUACUCAAGAAAUGUUGCUUUGUAUGAUAUCAGUACUGGACGACGCCUACAUAUGUUCACUGACAUGCAUCGGGAGCAUAUUAAUGUAGUUAAGUUUGCAAACCAUUCGCCUUCUAUUUUUGUCACUUCUUCAUUUGAUCAGGAUGUCAAGAUGUGGGAUUUGAGACAGAAACCAUUACGAGCUUGCUAUACUGCUUCAAGCUCUAGAGGAAAUGUAAUGGUUUGUUUUUCUCCGGAUGAUCACUACCUUCUGGUUUCAGCUGUUGACAAUGAGAUUAGACAACUUUUGGCUGUUGAUGGGAGGCUUCAUUUGAAUUUUGGGAUAGCCCAUACUGGAAGUUCUCAAAAUUACACACGAUCUUAUUAUAUGAAUGGACGGGACUAUAUCAUCAGUGGGAGUUGUGAUGAGCAUGUAGUCCGCAUUUGUUGUGCGCAAACAGGGAGGCGUCUUAGGGAUAUAUCUCUGGAGGGAAGAGGCUCUGGGACUUCUAUGUAUGUGCAAUCUCUGAGGGGUGAUCCUUCACGAGAAUUCAACAUGAGUAUUUUAGCAGCCUAUAUGCGACCAAGCUCGAGGUCUGAAAUUUUUAAGGUCAAUAUGCUAUUAUCUAGUGACUAUGAUAAGGAAUACAGUAGUCAGCAACCUCGGCCAAUUAAUAGCAUGGGAGGUUGAUAGAUGUAGCUUAUUCUUUAAAUUUAGAAUGUUGAAUCAGAAUCUGCUGUUAUUUUUCGUUUCCAUUGGCACCAUUCUGGUUAAGGGAAUUUUUGUAAAGUUUUGAUGUUGUAUAAGGCUUUGUAGAGUUUUAUUAUUUGGUUUCAUGAACUUCAAGAGGGAGAAUUCAUGGCAGAAACUAAUUGGGAUGUUUGUAAAUUAUGUUUUGGAAUUCUCGUCUUUGAGGUGGAAUUAAUGUAUAGAACUAACAUAUAUUUUAUCUGCGUGUCUUUCAUGGCAUGUGGUCUUUGUUUUGUUUA